AUGUCGAUUGACGAGCCUAUAGCGUUGUCUACAUCAAUUUCUACUAAUGAUAUAAAUACGUGUAUUAAAGUUCUUGCGGAAUUUAAUUCGACAAAAGCAUAUCCAUUGCUCGAAUCCAAUGAGUUUGAUGAUCUUCGACCGUUGAUUCACAAUUUAUUUUCUAUGGAAAAACGAAGAAAAAAGAAACGAUUGCAAGAUGAACGUCUUCAUAAAAAACAAGUCGAUAGAAACGUUAAAAAAUCCUGUUUACUUCGUUCUGGUCGACAAGAAAAGCUUCGACAACUACAAUUAGAACAUAUUCUCAUUCCUGAUGGCACUGUACAAACACAAACAGCGACUCAUGCAAUUCAAAGCGAAAUGUCUUCAUCAGCAGCUAUUCCUCAACGACUUGGUACAUCAAACCAAUGCUACAUAUGUAAACUUCAUUAUCGUACAUUACAUUUUUUUUAUGAUCGUCUUUGUUUAUCGUGUGGCAAAUUUAAUUAUGAAAAACGUUUACAAACAGCGAAUCUUUCCAAUCGUGUUGCUUUGGUGACUGGUACCCGAGUUAAAAUUGGCUAUCGGAUUGCUUUGAAAUUAUUACGUGCUAAUUGUUUUGUCAUUGCUACAAGUCGAUUUCCAAUGGAUUUACUAAAUCGUUUAAACAAAGAGCAAGAUUUUAAUGAAUGGAAAAAUCGUAUAGAUGUUUAUGGUGUGGAUUUUCGUUAUCCGCAAUUAGUAGAAUAUUUUGCACAAAUGUUGAUAGAUAAAUAUGAUAAAUUAGAUUUUUUAAUUAAUAAUGCUUGUCAAACUAUUCAACGGCCAAAAGAAUUUUAUCAGCAUUUAGUUUAUAAUGAACGAUUAACAAAUUAUUCAAAUCUACCCAAUGAUCAUCAACGCAUUCUCGGUGGAAAUCUACAAUUCUAUACUCAAUUAUUACCAUCAGUCGAUCGACUUUUGUAUCAGUCUUUGCCGCGAUCUCUACCUAUGCCUUCAGCCGAUGAUCCAAAUCAGAUUUCUACAAUAUCUCCAGCAAGCAAUACAAUUUUAUUUGAUGUCAAUCAACAACCGCUUGAUUUUCGUAAAACUAAUUCCUGGAUGUUACGUCUUGCUGAUAUCUCAACUACUGAAAUCAGCGACGUUUUGACAAUAAAUACAUUAGCACCAUUUAUUCUGAACAGUAAAUUAAAAGUUCUUAUGGCAGAUAAACAUCCAGAGCCGGAAAGUAAAAAAUUUAUCAUCAAUGUUUCAGCUAUGGAAGGUUCGUUUUCGCGUAAAAAUAAAACAGAUCGACAUCCUCAUACUAAUGCAGCUAAAGCAGCGUUAAAUAUGAUGACACGAACAUCAGCAAGUGAUUAUCUUACAUCCAACAUUUACAUGGUUUCAGUUGAUACAGGUUGGAUUAAUGAUGAAAAACCAUUGGAAAAAGCAUUUAAAAGUAUGGUUUACCAUGAUUUUCAAACGCCACUCGAUGAAGAAGAUGCAGCAGCACGUGUACUCGAUCCAAUAUUUCAUACUUACAAUCAAUUAGCUGAAGGUAAAACUAAUAUCGAUAUUCCGUAUGGAUGCUUUCUAAAAGAUUACCAACGAUGUGAUUGGUAA